AUGGCUAAGUUUAAGUCUAAAAAGGGUUCUUUAACUAACACUCUUGAUAACAAGGUUAAUGAUCUAAUUUAUAGAUUACUAGAAGAAAAAAGCUUGGAGAAAAAAAGACAAAGAGAUAAUGAUCCAGAUAUUGAAAAUGAUACCAAUAAUGGUGAUGAUGAUGAAGUUUUUUUGAAUAUGUUUUUUGCUAAAGAUUUGGAUAUAAAUGAAAUUUUCACUUACUGUCAAACUAAAGAUUUAUCAAUGCUGAGAGUAAAGAAAAUUAUUUUACAAAAGACAAUAGAAAAAUGUAUCAAACAAGUUAUCGAUGAGGAAAAUGAAGAAUUCUCUUCUUAUCCAGCUUAUUGUAAUUUUCAGGAGCAAGAUCCUUCUGAAACUGAAGAAGAAAUUUUAACAAAGAAAAACUUAAUGGUAGUAAAAGAUACAAAUGAUAUGAAUAAAAGUAUCACAAGUCAAUGGUCUACUUCAACUCCAACACCUGCGCCUAUACAGUCAACUCAAGAAGAACAAAAAGAUGAAAAUUCUGAUAGUGCUGAGACAAAUAACAAAAGAAAAUCAAAAGAAUCUUCAACAAAAGCUAAACGUCAAAAAGUUAAAGAAGAUAGAACUCCUCCUUCUUCAGAUUUGAAGUCAUUAGGUGGUAUGGAUGAUGUUAUUGCACAACUAAUGGAAUUGAUUGGUUUGCCGAUCUUACAUCCAGAAAUUUACCAAUCAACAGGUGUAGAGCCACCAAGAGGUGUUUUGUUACAUGGUCCCCCAGGUUGUGGUAAAACAUCUAUUGCUAAUGCUUUAGCUGGUGAGUUACAAGUCCCAUUUAUAUCUAUAUCUGCACCAUCUGUUGUAAGUGGUAUGUCAGGUGAAAGUGAGAAAAAGAUCAGGGACUUAUUUGAUGAGGCCAAAGCUAUUGCCCCAUGUUUGAUGUUUUUUGAUGAAAUUGAUGCAAUCACACCAAAACGUGAUGGUGGUGCUCAAAGAGAAAUGGAAAGAAGAAUUGUUGCCCAAUUGUUAACAUCUAUGGACGAGUUAUCUAUGGAGAAAACUGGUGGUAAGCCAGUUAUCGUUAUCGGUGCUACAAAUAGACCUGAUUCUUUGGAUGCCGCUUUGAGAAGAGCUGGUAGAUUUGAUAGAGAAAUUUGCUUAAAUGUUCCAAAUGAAGUAUCAAGAUUACACAUUUUAAAAAAAAUGUCAGAAAACCUGAAAAUUGAUGGUGAGAUUGAUUUUGCACAAUUAGCGAAAUUAACUCCUGGUUUUGUGGGUGCAGAUUUAAAGGCUUUAUCUACUGCAGCAGGUACUUGUGCGAUUAAACGUAUAUUCCAUAAUUAUGCUACAUUAAAACCAGAGCAACUUCCUUUAUCUGACAAAAUGGAGAUCGACUCUCAAUCUAAUUCGAUAGAUAUAAAAGAUGAAUACGAUGAGCCAAAGUUGAAAAACACAGCCGAUAUUAUUGAUCCAUUACCUUUAUCGAUAAUUCAAAAGUUUAUCGACAACUUUCCAGAACCUUUAACUGGGGAGCAAUUAAGUAAUCUGUCUAUCAAAUAUGAAGAUUUCUUAAAGGCUUUACCAACCAUUCAGCCUACCGCUAAAAGAGAAGGGUUUGCUACUGUCCCAGAUGUCACUUGGGCUAAUGUCGGUGCUCUGGAUAAAACCAGAGUUGAAUUAAACAUGGCUAUCGUUCAACCAAUUAAGAGGCCUGAAUUAUAUGAAAAGGUUGGUAUUAGCGCUCCAGCUGGUGUGUUGCUGUGGGGUCCACCUGGUUGUGGUAAAACUUUACUGGCUAAAGCAGUGGCUAAUGAAUCUCGUGCAAAUUUUAUUUCCAUUAAAGGUCCUGAAUUGUUAAAUAAAUAUGUUGGUGAAUCUGAGAGGUCUAUAAGACAAGUUUUUACAAGAGCAAGAGCCUCGGUACCUUGUGUUAUAUUUUUUGAUGAAUUAGAUGCCCUGGUUCCAAGAAGAGAUACGUCAUUAUCAGAAUCCUCAUCCAGAGUAGUUAACACUUUAUUGACAGAAUUAGAUGGUUUGAAUGAUAGACGUGGUAUUUUUGUUAUUGGUGCUACUAAUAGACCAGAUAUGAUCGAUCCAGCAAUGUUAAGACCUGGUAGAUUAGAUAAGACAUUAUUUAUUGAACUACCUAAUGAAGAUGAGAAACUAGAUAUUAUCAAGACAUUGACCAGAUCAAAUGGUACUCCAUUGGCUGAUGAUGUCGAAUUACAAACUAUAAUCUCAGAUGAACGUUGUAGAAACUUUUCAGGUGCUGAUUUGGCUGCUCUGGUAAGAGAAAGUUCCGUCUUGGCGCUAAAAAGAAGCUUCUUUAAAUCAGAUGAAAUACAAUCUGUUGUUCACAAUGAUUUAGAUAAAGAAUUUGAAGAUCUAAGUGUGGGUGUCCCUACUGAUGAAAUUAUUGUCUCCAUGACUGACUUUAGCAAUGCAUUAAAGAAGAUUAAACCUUCUGUCAGUGACAAAGAUAGAAUAAAAUAUGACAGAUUAAAUAAAAAAAUGGGAUGGACUGAAGAAGAACAAGAGUGA